UUCCCAGUAUGCAACAUGGAGCCAGGAGGCCGUCAGAUGAAAAAGACUCUGUUACCCAGCGAGCCCGAAGACGGCGCAGGACCCUCGGACUUCAUUUCCCGUCGGCCCGCGGGGGGAGCGCCGGAAGCCCGCCCCGCCCCUCAUUGUGCGGCUCGUACUAAACGGAAGGGGCCGGGAGAGGCCGCGUUCAGUCGGAUCCCGGCAGCAGCUGCAGCGCCUCUUGUCUUUUCUGGCUCUCCUUGCUAUCUCCUUUUCUCUUCCGGAAACAUGGCCUCUGGCGUGGCUGUCUCUGAUGGGGUCAUCAAAGUGUUCAACGACAUGAAGGUGCGUAAGUCGUCAACACCAGAGGAGGUGAAGAAGCGCAAGAAGGCGGUGCUCUUCUGCCUGAGCGAGGACAAGAAGAACAUCAUCCUGGAGGAGGGCAAGGAGAUCCUGGUAGGUGAUGUGGGCCAGACUGUAGACGACCCCUACACCACCUUUGUCAAGAUGCUGCCAGACAAGGACUGCCGCUACGCCCUCUAUGACGCAACCUAUGAGACCAAGGAGAGCAAGAAGGAGGACCUGGUGUUCAUCUUCUGGGCCCCUGAGAGUGCACCCCUUAAGAGCAAAAUGAUCUAUGCCAGCUCCAAGGACGCCAUCAAGAAGAAGCUGACGGGGAUCAAGCAUGAAUUGCAAGCAAACUGCUACGAGGAGGUCAAGGACCGCUGCACCCUGGCAGAGAAGCUGGGGGGCAGCGCCGUCAUCUCUCUGGAGGGCAAGCCUUUGUGAGCCCCCUCCAGCCCCCUGCCUGGAGCAUCUGGCAGCCCCAGACCUGCCCAUGGGGGUUGCAGGCUGCCCCCUUCCUGCCAGACCGGAGGGGCUGGGGGGAUCCCAGCAGGGGGAGGGCAGUCCCUUCACCCAGUUGCCAAACAGCCCCCCCACCCCCUGGACCUUCCUCCUCCUCCCUCCAUCCCUGACGGUUCUGGCCUUCCCAAACCGCUUUUGAUCUUCUGAUUCCUCUUGGGUUGAAACAGACCAAGUUCCCCCCAGGAACCCCUGUUUGGGGGGGACCUGUAUUUUUUUUAACGACACCCCAGUUCCCCCCUUGUUCCUCCCUUUUCCCAUGCUGCCAACUUCUAACCGCAAUAGUGACUCUGUGCUUGUCUGUUUAGUUCUGUGUAUAAAUGGAAUGUUGUGGAGAUGACCCCUCCCUGCGCCGCCUGGUUCCCCUCCCCCUUGCCCCUGGUCACAGCCACUCAUGGAAGCAGGACCAGUAAGGGACCCUCAAUUAAAAACAAAAAAACAAAAAAACACACAACAAUAAAAAGGCUCACUAAUGGGA